GGCGUGGUGUCAUGGCGUCACUGUCGGCGAUGCUGCCUUACGAGUCCGCCGGUAUCUACGAGCAGCCCAAGCAGAAGUUCACGUUCAAAGUGCCACGCGUGGUUUCGGACCAGAAGGCCAAGUUCGAGCAGGAUGACUGGUUUAAGAAGGUGACGCGCGCCUCCGAGGGCCGCUACACGGGUCACCGCGAGCGGCCGAUGGAGGAGCGCCGCGCCAAGUUCCAGAGCGACCUGAAGACCAACGGCAGGACCGAACUGGCGCUGACCCAGAACGGGCUGAACCUGAUCCUGGAGUUCGACAUAUCACCGAACGGCUACACGGCCCGGGCGCCGGACGUGGACUUCGCCAAGGAGCCCGGCAUGGUGAGUGUCGCCGGGUCGUCGGCGUGCGGUGCGCCCGACCGAACACGCCGGGGACUGCUCCCGCUGGCGCCGGCGUACAGCGAUCGCGCCUGACAAACAGGUUUUCUGCUUUUGUUUCUCCUGGGACGAUAAGUGAAAUGAGUUUUCUAAUUAGGAGUUUGGAGUGCCCGCAAAUCCAGAAUGACUGAGCAUGUCAGUGUUACUCUUUGUGUUUAGAAGCGACGCCUUGGGUCAGCCGCGGCGGACACCGCCAAAGCCGAGAACACCGCUGCCACGGACUCACUUUUUAUGCGGUCCAUGCCGUGGCCGAACAUUUGCAGAGUUAUGAUCGGCUU